CUUAAAUCCUCUUUGUAUUGAAUUUUGCCCGCCAAUGCUGUCAAAUUAAAAGUUGAAAGUAUGACCAGGAAUGAUGUGUAAUAUAAAAUGAAAUUUAAAAAAUGGCAGUUGCAAUUUUAAAAUGUGAAGAUCCUUCAGAAUACUUUCUUACUAAAACCUUAAUAUUAGAAGACAAGAUUCCACAGAUUCUUGGCAGAGCUCUUGAAACAGAAAAUGUUUCGUCUUUUAAUGGAUUGUUCGAUGUGGAAUCACUUGAAAUUUGCAAUCAACAUUGCUUUUUAAUGUGUACCAAUCAAAAAUUUUUUAUAGAGGACACUAGUAUCAAUGGUACUUAUUUGAAUGGUCAUAAAAUUGAUAAAAACAUCAAGUAUGAAGUAAUAUCUGGUGAUGUAAUCCAACUUGGAUGUGAAUCAUUUUCUAUGCCAGAGAAAUUCAAAUUUAUUACUUUCUCAGUUAAAUUGUUCACCUCAGAAGAUGCUGACUUCUUUAAAGUAUUUUCACACAAAAAGCUCUAUGGCACACCCUUGCAAUUAUACAGGGAAACUCCAAACUUUGAAUGUUCUUUAUCUAUAUUACAUAAGUCAGUUAUUAAUAGAUUUGAAGCUUUAAGAAUAUUAGAUGAAAUUGGAAACACAAUACUUUUGACGGAAAAACAGAUUCAUUGGAUUUUAAGCAAGCUCAGAGAAAAAGGUUUGCUGGAUAUUAUCAAGCUGGUUCUAGGAACAUCAAAUUCAUACCUGGAAGAGUCUAACCUGCAAAAUGCUGACCACAUCUCACAUUUCGUACUUAGUAUAGCAUGCUGUAGAAAUUAUGUUAUGAAAAAAUGGUUUCUUGAUCAGGAGAAAAAAUUAUUAUUCCUUCGGUGGAAGUUCUUAAGCAAACCAGAAAAAAAUGAAAUUGUUUCAGAAUUUUUUAGCAAGUUAAAAGAGGUAACAAAACAUGAGAAAAUGGAAGUUUCUAAUACAUCCAAUGGAUUAGUAGUUUCUUCUGUAAAGUAUUAUAAAGUAUUUUUUACAAAUGUUUCUGUGUUAAUGGCUAAUAGAGUUAUUUAUAUGAAAGAUGGUAAUUGUUAUGUGAGUUUGGAUGAUAUGAUUCAUGUAAUAGUUUCAGAUUUCACCAAAUAUUUAAAAUUUAAUUUAGAGAUAAUAAAAAAGAAUCUCCAUAAAGUGUGGAAUGACGAACGAAUCACAUCAAUUGUUUUAUAUGUUGAAAAAGAAGUGCAGUUUGAACGCUUUUUGUUUGGAAGAAGUAAUAGUAAUAGCUCUGUAUUGCUGAAGGAAAUUGAUUCUUUUGCUGAACAGUCUUUUCCCCUAUGUAUGAGUGAACUGCAUUAUCAUUUAAAAACAAAAAGUCAUUUAAAGAAUGGAGGACGCUUUCAGUAUGGACUGUUUCUAAAAGGAAUAGGACUGUCAUUACAAGAUUCUUUGACAUUUUGGCGCCAUUAUUUUACCAAAAAGAUGUCACUCAUUGAGUUUGUUAAGUAUUAUAAUUAUCAUAUAUUUCACCUAUAUGGUGUCAUAGGAAAAAAAGCUGAUUACCCUCCUCAAAGCUGUAAAAAAAUAAUGGAAGCAAUGCCUGCAUUUUCUGAAUACCAUGGCUGUCCCUUUAAAAUAUCAGAUGAAGAAAAUAUUAAAUUUUUGUUAGCAAGGCAUGGUCUUAAUGAUGAAGAGGUGAAGUGUACUGUGGCUAUAAUGAAAAAUGAAACACCACAAUUGGCAUGCAGCAAAUACUUUGAAAUUAAGCAUGGUUCCCCUUUGCAGGAAAUUGUUUUUCAUCCAAACCAUUAUUUCGAUGAGAGUAGAACCUUAGUUAAUUCAAAAAUUAAGAACAAUCAAUCUCAAAAAAAAGUCUCAAACUUUCCAAGUAAGCAAUAUGAAAUAUUUAACACAUGUGAGUGUCAUAAUUGUAAUAAUGAUUAUUACUAUUUUAGAAUUAGCUCAAGAUAUCUGCAUUCAAAGUUGUGAAAAUAAGAAAAGAAGGAUUACUUAUCAAGGCUGCAGUAGCAAAUAUGAUUGGUAAUUAACAUGUUGAAAUGUUUAAAUAAAUUAUUUUUAUAAAUGAUUG